UCAUGUGGUUGAUUUUGUGAAGUUAAUCGAUAUCAGGUGGUUGUUUUGUUUUGUUUUGUUUAUUAUGCAUUUCUUUUUUAUUGUUUGAGUUAGCGAGUUGUGAUUUAAAUUAGAUCGAUUUCGGCCGUCGUUGUUAAUAAUUGCAUGGCGGGAAUUGGAAUUAAAUGAGAAAAAUGUGCGACAAGUCAAUAGCAAUACAAGCGAACAAUUAUUGCUAACGUAAUCGCGGCCAAGGCACAAAAACAUUCCAUGCAUCAUCAGCAGCGCCUGCGGGCAAAUGGUGGACGAGGUGGAGGAGGAGGCGGCUCUGGAGGAUCGGGAGGAAUGGGAGGACAUCCGCCGCUGUGCGCCCAUUGCCGGGGCCAACUGCUGCCCCAUCCGGAGGAGCCCAUCGUGAUGGCCCUGGGUCAGCAAUGGCACUGCGACUGCUUCCGCUGCUCCGUCUGCGAGGGCCACCUGCACAACUGGUACUUCGAGCGCGAGGGACUACUGUACUGCCGCGAGGACUACUACGGCCGGUUCGGCGAUGCCUGCCAGCAGUGCACGGCCGUUAUCACCGGACCCGUAAUGGUCGCCGGCGAGCACAAAUUCCAUCCGGAGUGCUUCUGCUGCACCGCCUGCGGCUCCUUCAUCGGCGAGGGCGAGUCCUAUGCGCUGGUCGAGCGGUCGAAGCUCUACUGUGGCCAGUGCUACGGCAAACGCUCCUGCCAGCCGGCCGAUGCCAAGGCGCGGAUCACGACGGCCGGCAAGCCGAUGCACUCCAUCCGUCUGGUCGAGAUCCCCAAGGACGCCACCCCGGGCCUGCGGGUCGACGGAGUCGCCCUGGACGACGGCUGUCCCACAGUCCGAAUUACAGACCUGUUCUGUAACUUCUUCCUUUGGCUCACCUCGGUGGCGGAACAGUGCUGUGGGGCGCCCUAUAGGAUCGAUGUAAAUCUGACGAACUUGCACAUUGGCGACCGCAUCCUGGAGGUGAACGGCACGCCCGUCAGCGAUUCAUCCGUGGAGCAAAUCGACAAGCUGAUACGCAGCAACGAAAAGAUGCUCCAGCUGACCGUCGAGCACGAUCCGGUGCAGGUGUGUCGCUCCUGCAGCCAAGCGGACAUCCAGAGGGCCAUGUCCGCGUCCACGCUCAUCCUGCCGCUCAGCACAUCGGCCUCCAGCGUGGAGGUGGGCCGGGAGCGGCUCUACAAGACGCCGGGCGAACCCGGCGAGCAGGGAUCGAAGGCGCGGAAGCUGCGGCAGGCCACAAAUGCCUCGGCCACGAUACCACCGGCAGCCGGGGCUGCCAUCGCCAUGACGCAGCUGAAGGAGAAGGAGCGCUGCUCCAGUCUGUCCAAGCUGCUGGACGAACAGCACCAGGCGCAACAGCAUUCGGCCCAUCCGCAGCUCUACGAUCUGUCCAGGACGCAGUCGUGUCGAGUGGUGCAGAAGCCGCAGCGGAUCUUCCGCGCAUCGGAUCUGGUUAUAGGCGAGAAGCUGGGCGAGGGCUUCUUCGGCAAAGUCUUCAAGGUGACGCAUCGCCAGAGCGGCGAGGUGAUGGUCCUCAAGGAGCUGCAUCGCGCCGACGAGGAGGCCCAGCGGAACUUCAUCAAGGAGGUGGCCGUUCUCCGCCUGCUCGACCAUCGCCACGUGCUCAAGUUCAUUGGCGUGCUGUACAAGGAGAAGAAGCUGCAUAUGGUCACGGAGUACGUGGCCGGCGGCUGCCUCAAGGAGCUCAUCCACGAUCCCAGCCAGAGCCUCUCCUGGCCGCAGCGCGUCUGCCUGGCCAGGGACAUUGCCUGCGGCAUGAGCUACCUGCACUCGAUGAACAUCAUCCAUCGUGAUCUGAACUCGAUGAACUGCCUGGUGCGCGAGGAUCGUUCGGUUAUAGUGGCGGACUUUGGCCUGGCACGCAGUGUGGAUGCACCGCGUCUGCCGGGCGGCGUUGGCGCCUCCGCGGACCGCGCAGGUGGCGGCUCCAUGACGCCGGGCGGCUAUGGAUCUGGAGCCAACAGCGAUGCGGCCAUGUCGCCCAGCGGAACGCUCAGGCGCAGCAAGAGCAGGCAGCGAAGGCAGCGCUACACGGUGGUCGGGAAUCCCUACUGGAUGGCGCCCGAGAUGAUGAAGGGCCUGAAGUACGAUGAGAAGGUCGACGUCUUCUCCUUCGGCAUCAUGUUGUGCGAGAUCAUUGGACGCGUGGAAGCCGAUCCCGAUUUCAUGCCCCGCAACUCGGACUUCAGCCUCAACCAGCAGGAGUUCCGCGAGAAGUUCUGCGCCCAGUGCCCCGAGCCCUUCGUCAAAGUGGCCUUCGUGUGCUGCGACCUCAAUCCGGACAUGCGUCCGUGCUUCGAGACGCUGCACGUGUGGCUCCUCCGGCUGGCCGACGACCUGGCCGCCGAGCGUGUGCCGCCCGAGCGGCUGCUGCACGAGAUCGAGACGUUCCAGGAGUGGUACGCCAGCUCCGAGGACGCCCUGUCGCCCACCUCCCAGCGCAGCCUGAAUAACCUCGAUGAGCUGGUCAAGAUUGCGGCGGAGGGGGAAUCGGAAAUCUCGCCCGUCGAAAAGGAAAAGGAGAAUCUGGUGAUCAAGCCGCAGGACAUACCCAAGUCACCGCACCUGGGCAAGGAUUUCUCGCCCAGCGGCGAGAGAUUGCGCGACAGCAUGCGGGCCAGGCGGCGCCAGCGUUUCUUGGGCGCCCAGGAGGAGCGGCGCAACCUUACGCCCGAAACGGAGUCCAAGGAGCGGGCCCUGAAGAAGGCCCUCAAGAAGUGUCGGCCGUUUGGCGAGAGGGGCUACCUGGUGGAUUUGCGGCCCGGUGCCGAGCUGCAGCUGCAGGAUGUCCGGGAUCUGAACACAUAUUCCGAUGUGGACUCCAGUUGCGAUACGAGUUUGAAUUACCAUGAGGUGAAUAACUUGCCAGCACCGCAGGCGCCGCAAGACGCGGAGGAGGUCAAGUCGGCCAAGGAGGAGGAAGUACUGGACCAGGAGGGCGCCAACCAUCGGCUGGCCAUCGACGAUAUGCGCAACCGGCUGCAUCAGUGCCGCAGCAAAUUCGAGCAUCUGGAGGAGGCCAGCCGGCGGAACUUCAACCAAUCGCAGCACUCGAUGCGCAACUUCUUCAAGACCCCACCGGUGGCCCUCAAGAUGUUCCAGCGCCUGGAGCACGAGGCGGCGGCACUGAAUGGUGGCGCCAAUUGCCCGCCGCCACCGCCGCGCACUCAGCGCAUCAAUCAGACGCCCAUUUUCGGGCGCAAGAAUCCGCCCAUCGCAUCGAGUGUGGGCCAAAGGCUGCAGCACGGCGAAUCCCUGGAGAACCUGACCUCCAGCGGAGGAGCCAGCAAACAGUUGGCCACACCGGCGCCCAAAAGGAGCAAGGCUGCGACGACGACGAAGGUCCAGCCUCCACUCUUCCUGCCGCCCAGCAUCACAAGUAGCGUCAAUGGAAAUGUGAGCACCAGCACCACCACCACGACCACCAGUUGUCCACCAACCGCUCCAGAUUGGCUGCCGAAAAAGCACAAGCUGACGCUGCCACUGCCCUCGCCGCAUCCGCAAGCUGCACAGCGAUCGAGCCACAAUCAUCGCCCGGCGACGAGCAAUGGCAAGGGAAAGGUGGUGAGGCCACCGCCCGGCCGCACAGCUCAGGGAAUCCCCGCCAGCAACGGCGUCUCGCCCACCAGGAGCACCCGGCCGGGCUCGCCCAGCAAGCAUUUGGCCCAGAGGCAUACCGCCGCCACGGCCCAGCGACUGACAAAUGCUGCCGCUUCGCACCAGCAACAGCAACAGCAGCAACAGUCCGCGAGGACGACGCGCCUGAACAUCCUCAGUCCGGAGAAGGUGCAUCGCCUGGGAGCCCGUCUCAGCGAUCAGAAGCAGAAAAUGCGCGAAGAGGCCGCGGCGACAGCGGCUGCCUCAGCCGUCGGUGGAGGAGCAGGAGCAGGAUGUGCGGCCUCGCCAGCGGCGGGAUCUUUGAAUGGUCACCUGCAGGGUCAUCGAACCGGGGCAUCCGGAUCGGCGAAUCCGGCGGGCGGUGAAAGGAGGAGGCGAGCGGCUCCACCGCCACCAGUGCGCACGCAUUUCAAUACGCGCUGCUAGCCACUCGCAUAUAUGCUCGAUUGUCAAGUGUUGUGCAAAGUUUAUUGUUCCACUCAGGAAGCUCUUUUUUUUUAACGUCCUAACUGUUUUAAUUUGUAAUAUCGUUCGCUUUUGUACUGUACAGAUGCAGAAAUACCUAGAUUCCUAGUAUAUUCCACAAUUUAAGCAUAAUCCACUAAAUUUCUGUAACAAUUCCAUAAUUCCUAUGUAUAACGAGACAUUUUGUAUAAAUAUGUAAUGCCUUUUGAAAUGUAAAUAACUCGAAUCAACCAGUGAA